CGGAGGAGAGACUCGAUGGGACGUCGCUCAUCCCGAGUGGCAGUUUCGAAGCGCGCACGAUAUGCCGCGCGCGCUCGCCUCCUGCGUUUAGCGACUCGACCUCUCCGGGAGUCCGUGGAAUAAGUGACGCCGUUGGCGGGACAUCUCCAGUGCGCCGGGAUGCUGGGGAUAAGAGACUUCACUUUGACAGCAGUCGUUGCAGUGCUGCUGCUGCUGCCGUGUGUGCUGUCCUUCAACGUGGACCAGAAGAACGGGCUGUCCUUCGAGGGCCCGCUGGAGGACAUGUUCGGCUACACGGUGCAGCAGUUCGAGAACAGCGAGGGGAAAUGGGUUCUGAUUGGAUCGCCGCUGUCGGGCCAGCCGGCCAAACGGACGGGAGACGUGUACAAGUGUCCCGUGGGGACGGGGAACAACACGUGUGUCAAGCUGGAGCUGCCCAAAAACACAACGGUUCCCAACUUACAUGAAGUCAAGGAGAACAUGACCAUGGGAACCACGCUGGUGACCAAUCCCAACGGAGGAUUUCUGGCCUGCGGUCCUCAGUACGGCUACAUGUGCGGCCAGCAGCAGUACAUCUCAGGGGUUUGUGCCAAUGUCAGCGACUCCUUCCAGGUCCUCAACUCCGUGGCGCCGGCCGUGCAAGAGUGUGCGAAGGAACUGGACAUUGUGCUCCUUCUGGAUGGAUCCAACAGCAUCUACCCUUGGUCCAGUAUCGUCGACUUUCUGCAACGUUUCAUCACGAACAUUCAGAUCGGACCGAGGCUCUCACAGGUGGGGAUAGUGUCCUAUGGCGAGAAUGUGACUCACCGUGUCAACCUGAACCAGUUCAACAACACCCGUGAUCUGCUGAACUUUGUAAAAAGCCUCCCUCAGCAGACCGGCUACAAGACCAUGACUUUCCUGGGCAUCGAUACCGCCAGGAAAGAGGCCUUCGUGCCGGAGCGCGGCGCUCGCCCCGGGGUGAAGAAAGUCAUGGUGAUUGUGACUGACGGAGAGUCACAUGACUCUCACAAUCUGGACGAGGUCAUCGGAGACUGUGAGGUUGAUGGCAUCGAGAGGUUCGGCAUCGCUGUUUUAGGAGCCUACAAUCGUCAGAAUAAAAGCUCGGCAGAAAUACAGAAGUUUAUUAAGGAGAUCGAGUCCAUUUCCAGUGAGCCGUUGCAGGACCACUUCUUCAACGUGGACGACGAGGUGGCGCUGCUGAGCAUCGUGGAUGCUUUGGGAAGCAAGAUUUUUGCUUUGGAAGCGACAACCGGCAAUUUCACCUCUUCCUUUGAGAUGGAGAUGUCCCAAGCUGGCUUCAGUGCACACGCUUCCAAAGAAGGCCUGUUACUGGGAGCAGUGGGAGCGUAUGACUGGAACGGGACAGUGAUCAUGCACACUGCCGGAGCAACCAUUGUUCCGGGGAAGACCGAGUUCUACGACCCGGAGACUGAGGCCGGGUACGAAGGCCUCGCCGGGUACCUCGGCUAUGACGUUCAGUCAGCCUCCACCGCGGGUGGAGUUCUGUACAUCUCAGGUGCACCGCGGUACAACCACACAGGCCGGGUGGUCGUCUAUCGCCUGGACGCAAACAACAGCGUCGUCGUCUCCCAGAUACUGAAAGGACAACAGAUUGGUUCCUACUUCGGCAGCGUCCUGCAGACCGUCGACGUGGAUGGAGACUCCUCCACGGAUCUCCUCCUGGUCGGAGCUCCCAUGUACAUGGGCACGGAAAAAGACGAGCAGGGACAAGUCUACGUCUACGAACUCGACCAGGCCGGCCAGUUUCACCACAAGUUCACCUUAAAGCCUGUCAAUCAGUCCUGCUGCGCUGCCCGCUCGGCCAGCUGCACCAACAAGAACGAACCGUGCGGGGCCCGCUUCGGUACGGCCAUCGCCGCGGUGUCGGACCUCAACCUCGACGGGUUCAACGACGUGGCCAUCGGCGCGCCGCUGGAGAACGACCACCGCGGGGCCGUCUACAUCUACCACGGCGAGAAGAAGUCACUGAAAGAGAAAUUUGUGCAGCACAUCCCUGCAGGUGGGGACGGUGAAAAGAUGAAAUUCUUUGGCCAGUCCAUACAUGGAGUCAUGGAUCUAAACGGAGAUGGAAUCACAGAUGUUACCAUAGGAGGUCUGGGAGGGGCUUCGCUGUUCUGGUCCAGAGACGUGGCGGCGCUCCGUGCCAACAUGACCUUCGACCCCGUCAAAAUCAACCUGCAGCAGACCCAGUGUGACCACGCCGGACGCAAAUCCGUGUGCGUGGAAACGGAGGUGUGUUUCCACUACAGCGUCAAAUCCGACAACGGGGACGAAAGCGCUGCCGCCGACAUCCGCUACAACCUCACCCUGGAUGCGCUGCGUGCCAAAGCCAGGGCUUCAUUCAAGGCCCCCGAGGACAAAGGCGACCGCAGGAUCACCAGGAGCCUCACCAUCAAAGACCGAGAGAGGAAGUGUGUGCAAGAAACCUUCGUGAUGUCGGCCCGGCUGGACUUCAGAGAGCCUCUCAUGGUGUCUCUGGAGUUUGGACUAGCCGAUGCAGACAAAGGCCCCGUCCUGGAUGAAAGCCUUCCCAAAUCCAUCAAUGAGACGAUUCCGCUGGUGGACUGUGGAAUCGAUGAGAGGUGCAUCGCUGACCUCUCUCUCAAAGCAGAGCCCAGUGUCAAAAGAAUGUUGAUCAGAGGCAACAAAGACAAUAUCGUCGUGAACGUGAACAUCAGGAACAGCAAAGACAACGCGUACAACACGAAGGUCACCCUCAGCUUCACGCCGCACAUCAACUACGCCAAAGUAGAGCCGGAGAAGGCCUGCACUCUGAAUAACACAAAAGUGGAGUGUGCUGUUGGAUACCCCUUCCUGGGGAGUAAUGUGGAGGAAAAUUUCCAAGUGCGGUUUGAUGUAAAUCCCAAUCACAUCCAGGAGGUUAUUCAGAUUAAUGUGACGGCUACGAGUGACAGCGAAGAGCUGAGCUCGACCCAGCACGACAACGCGGUGCACAUCUCCAUCCCCGUGAAGUACGAGGCCGGACUGAUCUUCUCAGUGCGGCCCGCGGAUGAACACGUCGUAAUAAAAGAGGGCGAGCGGUACCCGGCUGAGUUCAACGACACCAGCGCGAUCGGGGAGGAGCUCAACGUCAGCUACACGUUGGAGAAGUCGUCCGAUCGGGCGUCUCCCCCCGUCAGCCUCACUGUGACGUACCCUCACCUGUCCCCCCGGCAGAACCGCUUGCUGUACCUGACGCGCGUCGCCGCCAGCCCGCACGUGAAAUGUGACGCGGCGCGUUUCAUCAACCCCCUCAAUAUCAACCCGAAGGUUAUCGAAACAAAUCCAAAGAAAGAGACUCUGAGUGUCUUCCUGCUGAGCUGUGAGAACCUCUACUGCGAGUCGUUCGUCUGCUCCGUCCCCGAGGCGACCAGCAGCCAGGUCAACCUCACCUUCAGGUUGUGGAAACCCACGUUUAUCAAGGGCGAGUUCUCCAACCUGCACAUGCUGGUCAACGCCACGCUGCAGCUCGAAAGCAGCAGCCUGUUUGAACUGACCAGGGACCGGAGCCGGGUAGCGAAGAUCCAGGUUUCGAAGGAGACCUUAGGAGGAAUCCCCAUUUGGAUCAUCAUCAUCAGCAUCCUCAUAGGACUGCUGAUCUUAGCGCUCGUCAUCUUCGCUCUCUGGAAGAUGGGCUUCUUCAAGAGGAAAUCCAGGGACUACUCAAAGGAGGAAAUGAUGGACUGAGGACGUGCAGCAGCUCUGUGACCGACAGAGGAAGCUACGGGGCGAACUUUAAAAAAAACAACAAAAAAAACCCACAGUCGAACAAACGGAGGAGAAGCCACGGGACCUGCGGCGGACCAUCGACUGUCAGGCCUCCGUUGGCGAGGUAGCAUACAUCUGUAUCACAUACAGUUACAGCCGCACCAAAGCUUUAGAUAAACAUAGUACUCAGGUCUGUGUCCCCAAGCCAGCGAACAUGGUCGCCAUUGCUCCUACAGCGACGCCGUGCAGCGGCGGUGUGAGUCCACACGUGCUGCAGCAGCCCGUCUGAUAGCUUUACCAAACACUGUACCUUUCAGCAUUUUAUAGCAUGUGGUUUGUGCACCAGAUUUGCUUGGUAGCUUGUUUUUUUUUAAUCCAAGACUCCGAUGUUAAAUGUGUGUAGUGCCCGUGGGUGACUAACAGCAGCGCCUUCCAAAUCGAAACUUUUGGAUUUUUGUAAAUAUGAGUAGAGGCCCAAAAAUGUAAAGCUCAUAAAUGUACAUAAUUGUGUUUGCUAUUAUUCAUGUAAUUUAAGCUUUUUUUUGGGUGAUCAGUGGUCAGAGAGGAGGAUUUUGCUCCAUAUAACUCAUUGAAUUACUUCAUUAACGUCUGAUAAAAAAAAGUUACCUGGCCCAGCUCACAAAUGAAAAAAACAAAACGAUGCAAAUAUGUAAAUAUUGUUCUAUUUUGGUGAUACAAGUGAUAGUAUAAUUAUUCUGUACCGAAGAAAAGGGUUCGUUUCCACUACUUUCACUUGAUGGAAAGCCUGAUGAAUGGCUGUGUCGGGGCGAGGCGCCGCAGGAGGUCGACACCAAGCGUUCGCUCACGAAGGCUCGAUGUACAUGUUGUACUUUGCAAAGUUAUUCUUCAGGUUUUCGGUCUCGUUUUUGUUCCCAAAAAGUGGCACAGCUACACAAAGUGUUUAAAUAAAUGAUACUGUAUUUUUGGUUGAGACUGAGGUUUCUGCCUCCUUCUCGACUUUCUCACCCCCUCGUCAUGUAAAAGAUGCAGCCGAGGGAAGGAGAAGAUUAAGCUGUUUUUAAAAAAAAUA